UUCCGGUUAUGGAUUAGAUUUCCAUAUUGUCCUACUUUUUCUCACAUGACACUUCCGGGUUAUUUGUCAAAAUGGCAAGUCAAACAACGGGAAUUCAACAACUUUUAGCCGCUGAAAAACGUGCUGCUGAUAAAGUUUCCGAGGCUAGAAAGCGUAAGGGGAGACGACUGAAACAGGCCAAGGAGGAGGCUCAGGCUGAAAUUGAAGCAUAUAGAAAUAAAAGAGAAAACGACUAUAAAAGAUAUGAACAAAGUGUUUUGGGUUCCCGUGGCGAUAGAGAGAAACAAAUAGACAAAGAUACCCAGGAUAAAAUCCGGACUAUAGAACAGAAUGUGCAGAAACAUAAACAACAAGCGCUGAAGAGCUUGCUAGACAUGGUUUACGAUAUCAAACCUGAACUGCAUACAAAUCUAAGACUAUAGAAUGCUGACACUAGUCUUUAUGAAAUUUUGUUAUAACCUACAUUCAGACUGUAACCUAGAUGAAUUUUAGAAUAAAUAAUACUGCUGCAUCUACAAAAAAACAUGGAUUUCCACAAAGAGUACUUUAGUUGCCUAGUAACAGUCUUUAACCAUUAUCUAUUGAAAAUGAAUGUUUUCAGUACUUAGGAAGGUAUGGUAUUUUAUUUAGGAAGUGCUUGAUUAGCAAGUGGUCAAAAGAUAUGGUUAAUUUUAAUUUCAUUAAACAGACUAGUUGAUUUGGGACUUGGUUGUAUCUUGUAUAAUAAACAGGAAGAAUCUUAAAAAUGCAUGUGAAAGAUACAAAAAAUGAACGGCAUUUAUUACAGGGCACUCGUUUGGCCAUUUUUGGGGCCGAAUAUGGGUACCAUUCCCCUCCUAAAAUAAUAUGUUUUUUUCCCCUUUCUCAGAAGAAAAUUCCCCUGAUGAUAGGUUGUUUGACACAAAUAGAUAUGAACUCUUUCUUUUAAUAUUAUAUAGUGCCUCUAAGGAAGAUUACUGUUGCAAUAUAGUCACAUCAGUUAGGAAUGAUUGAAAACAGUAUUAGUAAGUGUGAAAAGUAGUUACAUACAGCGUAUACAUGGCUUAAACUUCCCCUUUUCGUCUUAAAAUGUCGAAAAAUUCCCCUUCCAGAGGGUAUGGGUACCUGUCCCCAAAAGUUGUCUAGUGCCCUGUAUUAUAUGUAAUCUGUACUCUAGGAUUUACCUUUUUAGAAGUUAACUGUAAAAGGUCUUGCUAGGAUGUCUUCAUGGUCGUAAAAAUCCAAAUAUUAAAUAAACUGUAAAGCUAUUACAGCGUCCUGGUGCUGAACAGCUUAUUCCUGUUCAGCUGUAGCAAAGAUAGAGCUAUUUCAAAUGAAAAAUGUAAUUAGACUUGUUAUUUCAUUGCAUAUAUUUUGGAACUGGUAACCAAGCAAGCAGUCUGGGAGUCUAAAUUUCAAACUAUUUCCUUAAAUGAAUACUUUUUAUGGGAAUCAUAUUCCAUUAUACAUUUUUAACUUCGCUGUUCAUUCCAAAAGAAGUGACAUGAAAAUGUUAAAAAACAAGAUACUAAUGUAUUGUAAAUGAAUUGUGUACUUGUAUGUCAUUAAAUAUCAUAUACUAUGGUAAAAUUCAACAACAACACGUGAAUAUUUAUCUUUUAUCAACGUUUCAGCACUUACGCCUUCAUCAGGCCUUUUUUUUUUUUUUUUAUUAAAUAUUAUAGACAUAUUUCUUUUUUCUGUGUUGUGUCAGGUUUGUCAAUGUGCUGUUUUAUCACUGGAACGAGUGGAGUGUAGAAAGGUGACAGCUGUAGUCGGGUCAGCUGUACACAGUUUUUCAUAUCAUACUGAUUUCAUUUACUUUUACAUGGUCAGUAAAGUAAGAGCCUAUGAGGGAAUUCAUACUUUCAAAACAUAUAAUUCCAAAUUUUGCAGGGAAGGGGCGGGGUGGUGGUGCCAUUUGCCAAAAAAUAUCUGGUUCCUGUAAACGAAAUACUGAAGAGAUAUUUCAGUACUGUGAAUUUAUAUGAAACUUAGUUUCACCAAUGUUGCAAGGCCAUAAAAACCAGGUUUACAUGUAAUAACAUCAUGGUGUUACUAUACUGACCGUGUAUAAUGUUGUUGGAUGGUAUAGUGAUUAUGUGUAGAACUCUAGUCUUCAUCCAACAUCCGUAUAGGGAUGUAGAAGGUCAAACAUAUGGGAAUAUUGUAUAUAUUGCAACUUUGUAAUUAUUAUCCUUCAGUUUGUAUAUGCCAUUUGUCAAAUGUAGGAGAGAAAGAUGUAUGUGUCCAUGACAAUAUUGAUAAAAGUCAUGUAACUUGGUGUAUGAGUAUGUACAUAACCUAUGAUCAGUGUUAAAUUAGCUUCUUUGUAAAUCACAGAAAUCCAAAAUGAAUAUUUCUUUUAAUUUGAAAUUGUACAAGGUGUAUUACCAUCAAGAGUCCAAUGUAAUGUGUCUCCAUUGUGAUAUAAAGUUAUUACCAUAUAAAGUAAAACUAUUAAUAAUAUAGCAAAUUAUUUUGUUAGCGGAUGUGAACGUAUGUAUGUACUGUGAAAGUUGAUAUGUUGUGUAUUCAGAAAUAAAUGUAUAUUGCAGUUC